AGCGGAUCGUCAAUAUUUCAGCUCCAUCCUGAGACUCUCUUUCUUUUAAUAUAAUCAAUACGGCCGAUUAUAGGAUUUAAAAAAGCGACAUCACCUGCAUUUAUUUCCUUCAUCACCUCCAGUGCUGUCUGAGGGAGGAGACCAGAUUUAAUUGAGCAGUAAGAAUAGUUUGCGAUUAAUUUGAAAGAGCGAACUAAUCCAGGAGAGGAGCGGAGACGCUUAUCGGUUUAUUUCAGCUCCUAAAUUUGCCAGCGGAUGAACUCCUGAGAGCGCACUGAACGGAAUUAAAGGAAAAAAUGAAAAGGUGUUGCGGAGUCCAUCAACAGCAGCUCGUCUUGCUAUUGGCUGCUGCCAUGGCAACAGCCCUGGAUCCUUCACACAACCUGGCCAGCGAGAGGAGUUCGAUAGAAAGCACGUACGAGCUGACCAAAUACCUGGAGUAUCAGCUCAAGGAAAUCAAAGACAUAUAUCUGACCUAUCUUGGCCCUCCAUUCAACGAGAAAGACUUCUCCCCUCCACGGCCCAACAGCACGGCUCUGUCCCUGCCCAGUGCGGCCACCCGCCUGGAGCUGUGGCACGGCCUGGAGAACCAAGCUCGGCUUGCCCAAAACCAGAAGGCCUACUCUGUGCUGCUGGCAGCCGUCAGGGAGUUGGCCCGCUCCACCCUCUGCCCUUCCCUCAAGACCUCCCUGCUGCACUUUUGCACAGGCCUGGAUGGGCUGCUGGGCUCCAUAUCCGCACUGAUGACCACCCUCGGUUACGCACUUCCUCCUCCUUCUGCAAACCUGGGAGUUAGCACUGGAGAGCUGCAGUACCCUCAGAGGGGGGCUGGAGUCGACCGACCAGCUCCACUCAUGAGCCAGAGCCUUUACAGGUCCAGAGCCGGGACGAGGACAGAAUCCGGUCAGCGUACCAACCAAAGAAGAAGCGGGACAAGGGUGGUCGGAGGAGAGAGGGAGGAUGGUGUCACCGUAGACCUGGUGGAGAAAAGGAGAGGGAAAGAGGGCAGGAGAGCGGAGGCGACCGCCGCUGGAGGAAGGAGUGGCGGAUCGAGGGAGAAGGGAAGAGGAGAAAGAGGGAGGAGAGGGAGGAGGGAAGAGCCAGAGAGCAGGAAAUGGACCGCCAGCGAAGAGGAGAGAGUAGGGGAGGAUGAAGAGGAGGAGCUGGAGCGAGAGGGAGGUGUGGAGAGAUGGGGGAGGAGGAGAAGGUUGUUAAGUAUCAACGAGGAUGGAGAGGAGAUGGACAGGCAGCCUGAACCCAGGGUAGACGUGUCGUACCCGGGCACAGAAGGCUCCCUUCGACAACAGACCAUCCAAACCAACGCCAACAAUCAGUACAGCUACAACCUGAACUCACUUCAGCCAGACACACUCAGAAAAGAAGAUGGAUUUAUUGUAGAGCGAAGCAGAGUGUUAUUAAUGGAGGAGGAGAAGCAAAUAGACAUGGAAGCUACCUCUUCUUCCUCGACAUUCCAUCAUCAGCGUCGGCCUCCUCGCUCCCUCCUCCCCCCGACCCUUCAACCUCCCCUGUCUACCCUCUCCCUCCUCUACCAGUUCGGUGCGGGUGAGGAGCACACCCUCCUCUCCCAACCCAUCCCUUUGUCUUUACAGAGGGGCACCUCCCUCCUUUCGCCUCCUCUGACACCGCUCCUUUCCCCCACCUCCUCCUCCUCUUCGCUGUUGUCGGUGCGGCCGACCAUGAACGACUUCGCCAGGAAGGUAGAGGGAUUUUGGAUAUUGCGAGAGCUACAGAGUUGGCUGUGGCGAUCGGCGAAGGACUUUAACCGCCUCAAGAAGAGACUCAGAGGCUGAGAAGCCAACACACACAAGUGCAGUAUAUCAGAAAUCUGUCAUUUGCACAAAAUCUGAGUGGAAAUAAAUUGAGAGCUUUAACAGACGAACUCACAUAAACACAUUCAUGCUUAACACAUUCAUUCAUACCGUACUGGAAUAAGUGAAUGAAGGACUAUUUGGCAGGUCACCAGAAGUGCUAAUGGAAUAUAACAAACACAAAGCCAACACAUUACCAGCACUGUCACCCGUCUGAUGCACAUAGCAGCUUGUUGAGCGAGACACACUGAGACUGGGCUGAGUUACUGGCCUUCACGGCUCAUAGAUCAACAGAAAUACCACUGUAGGUGGUUACACACACACACACACACACGGGGGUAGAGAGUGUGACGAGUGUGACAGGCAGCGAGACAGACAGUGCAGCCAUUGAGUGAGAACUGAUUCAGUGACCCCAGAUGUGUGAAUCAGCAAACAUUCAUUUUCUCUAAAGGAAGAAGGAAACAUUUCUGAAUGGGAAAAAGACAAAAGGGGAGAAGGAAAUGGCCAGAGGGAUGGAGAAGCAAGAAAAGGAGAGGAAGAUGGGAGGAUGGGUGAGUCAGGGGGAUGAGCACGGGAAAUAACGGGCAGAGGGGUAUUGCUGAGUAAUCAGAACUCGGUUGUUCAGUUACAGUAACACUACAACAGUGCUACACAUAGUGUCCAGACAGAGAGGUGGUCAAACACACGCACACACACACACACACACACACAUACAUUUAUUGUGGUUAGGUGCCUUAACAUACCAUUUGAUUCAGCGCUCAUUCUUUUUACCACUUUUUAAUGAUUUCCUUCUAUAGCAAGACAUAUUUAACACAGACUGAAAACUUCACAUAGAAUAGAAUCAUUUUCCCUAAAAGAAACACAGUUGUGUGUAUAAAGAAAUAGUAAAUCAUUUUGGAAAAUGUGCUUACUUGCUUUACUGCUGAGUAAGAUGAGACCAUCCACUCUCACAUUUGUACAUUGAAUAUGAAGAUGGUCAGCAGACAGUUAGCUUAGCCCAGCAUAAAGACUGGAAACAAGAGGGGGAAAUGUGAGCCUGAUUCUGUCCAAAUGUGACAAAAUCCAGUGCCAGACAAAAACCGAGGUGUAAAAACGACACGUUGGAGUUGUGGAAACUUGUUAUCAUUGUAGGGUUGUUAGGCACCUAACAGAGAUCUACAUUUUAAGCCUUCUGGCUGCAGAGCAUUUGCACAAGUUAUAUGCUGAAUGCGUUGAUUGCCAAUGACAAGAAAAGAAUGCUGGCCUCACCAGAACCACGGCUCUGCUGCCGUUGCGCUCCUUACCCACAGUGUUGCUCACUUGACUGGGUGUUUGAGCCGGAUCCGUCCUCUUCUUGUGUCGCCUGUGCACUUAUCUCGCCAUUGGUUUCAGUUCAUUUAGGUUAACAAAUAGAUACAGAGAGAAACUAAACCAAAAUACUUGACAGGUAUCAUUCAUUGUCCAUCACAGUCUGAAUGAAAAGUUGCUCCUUGCUAUAAUAUACUGCACGCUACUGUCAUGAGGCCAUAUCUGUACUGUCACUUUUUAGUGACACAAAUCACAUAUCACAAAUGACAACCUGUGACCGUGACAGUUACUACGGAGGUCCUUUCUUUAACGCGUUGCUUUAACCAUAUAUCCAGCCUCAGUCUUUAUGCUAAGCUAACUUAACUGUCUUCUGGCUCUAGUUUCACGUUUAACAGACAUUUGAAAGUGGUAUUGGUCUUCUCAUCUUACUCUCAGAAAGAAAGCAAAUAAGCACGUUUCCCAAACUAUUCCUUUAAGUAACUUCUCACACUUUAGACAUUUUGAGGAGAAUUUUUCAUGCCUUUUAAAACAUGACUAUUUUCCUUUUGGCAACUUACAGAUGGCUUAAUUUCCUUUUCAGAAUAAAUCUAAUGUAUCUUUGCAAUGUGCCUUGGAUGAUGUCGCUAAAGAUUAUGAUCAUGUCAUAUCUCUAUAAUAUUUAUUGAACAAG